CGCUACGGUUCGUAAAUGUAUUUUCCAAAUUUCCCAUGGUUAGAAGUUGAGGUUGCUGUGCAAUGAGCACAACCAUUCGAUAACAGUGAAAAUCGAUUUUUGUGCGGCAAGAUACCUAUAUUAAGGUCGUGUUGUCUCCCACUUCGCUAUAAAGCCUAUAAUUUGCAGGUUUUAAGCUUGAAAACUGAUAAUAAAGUUUACUAAAAUUGUUUCGUGCUUGAGCCAGUAUUAGCCGGAUAUCGCCAUCAACCUGUUUGGAUCGUCGUUAUUGCGCAGUAAAGUUCAAAACAUACCGGUUCCAUGUUGAUCUUCAAAAUGCGUUACAUUCCUAUCCUGUUCCUCAGUUUCCUCCUAGUCGCCACUACUUUUAGUUGGCAAUGGCCGUGGGCGGGUGACGAAGCGGAAGACGUUAUAGACGAAACCGCCGACAAAGUCAAACAGCAGGCAGACAAUUUGGGAGGUAAAGCCAAAGAUGCAACAGAUAAGGCCCGGGACACUGCUAAGGAGGGAGUGAAGAAAGCCCGCGAUGCAAAAGAUGAUCUCGCAGAUAAAGCCAAGGAUGCUAAGGAGAAAGUGAAGUCGAAAGCCCAGGAAAUGGCCGAUGACGCCGAAAACACUGUGGACAACGCCAAAGACUCGGCGAAGAACGCUGCUAAAAAGGUGGGCGAUAAAGUGAAAGAGACCGCCGAGGAUGCCAAAGCGGCCGGAAAAAAUGCCGCCGGCAAAGCCAAAGAAACCGUUGAGGAUGUCAAGUCCAAAGCGAAGGAUGCUGCUCAGGACGCCAAAGGUAAAGCGAAAGACACAGCGGAAGAUGUCAAAUCCAAAGCCAAAGAGGCAGCUGGAAAAGCCAAAGAUACGGUUGAGGAUGUGAAAGAUUCGGCGAAAGAUAAAGCCAAGAAAACCGCUGACGACGUGAAAGAUGCGGCGAAGAAAACCGCUGAUAAAGCAAAAGACGCCGCUGGGGAUAAAGUCGAUGACGUAAAAGAUGCUGCUGGCAAGGCGAAAGAUGCUGCCUCGGGUAAAGCGAAAGAGCUGAAGGACAAAGCCGGUGAAAAGCUGGAGGAUGCCAAGGAAGCCGUGGAGGACGCCACUGGUCACACUUCCGAGCAGUUGCUGGACGCCGCCGGACGAGUGAUCGUCAAAGCCGGUGAGACACUGGGUGAAGCUGCCACCCUGGCGGCAGCCGGUGCGAAAGCGGCUUUCGAUGCGGCUGGCGGAGUGGACGGAAUCUCAGAGAAACUGGGCGCAGCUGCUGGAGCGGCCAAGGAGAAAUUGGGACAAGCGGCCGACGCUAUCGGCAACACGGACACCUUCAAGAAAGCCAAGCAGGCAGUAGCCGAUCAGAUUCACAAGGUACCCGGGGCGGAUGCCACUAUUGACACCGUCGGCAAGGUGGGUGGAGCGGCAGUUGACGCUGCGAAAAAUGUCAUCAACAAAGCCAAGGACAUCGUAGUGGAACAGGUGGGAGGCAUGGAAGGAUUCCAGGAGAAAAUGGAAGUGGUGAAAGAAGUCGUUCUGGAACAAGCCAGCCAUCUCACGGGCGCGGCUCAUGAGAAACUGGAAGAGAUCCGAGGAGGACAAGAGGCGGAUCAAGGGCAGGCGAAAAAAGACGUCCCUGACAAGGAUGCCAACAAGGAAAAUCAGGGAGCGGCAACGGAUCGGGAUCCUAAAGCGAAGGACAAGGCAAAGGAGCAGCAGAGGAAGUCAGAAUUAUAACGUUUUUUGUUGUGCAUUUAAAACUGAAUUAUUUGUUUUUGAUAAUGAUUUGAAGGUUCAGUGCUAUUCUUUACCACUAUGUGGAAAUAAAAAUCUGUGCUUAUUUAUUUUUGUUUUGGUCACAGCUUAUGUUGGGCUUUCUGAUAAUGCGAAAACACGAAUUUUUAAUUGAGAUGUCUGUGUAAAUAUUGCUGCGAAAUAAUUAUCCUAAUUCGUAAGUACUUGGUAGCAUAUUCUAAUAAAAUUCCUGAUUUAA